UUACACCAGAUCUCAUGUAGGUCAUGUAGGUAGUAAAGACCUGCCCUGGUACUUUGAUGAGGACCUCCUGAAAUAAAGGUGCAGCAGACGAUAAAAGAGACUGAAGGUUUAAGCAGAAUCAGGAGAUCUUCUGGAACCAGAAUCUGUCAUUUCAGCAGAUUUCUCAGAAUGUACGGCCAGAAUCAAGGGAACCAGUUCCCUGGAGGGUUCCCCAACCAACCUCAGGAGAUGCCAGGUGCUAACCCUGCUUUUCCUCCACCGAUGUCAAACUGUCCUCCUGUAGUUGGACAUCCAGGACAUCCUGUACAUCCUGGACAGCCUGUGCACCCAAUACAUCCUGGACAGCCUGUGCAUCCAAUACAUCCUGGACAUCCUGUACAUCCAGUACAUCCUGGACACGGACCAGGACCUGGGUACGGUCCUGGACCCGGACACUAUCAAGACCCGCAUCAUGGUCACCACCAUGGUCAUGGACACAAGGAUAAGAAAAAACACAAGCACAAGGAUAAGGACAAGCAUAAGCAUAAGAAGGGGAAGGACGGUCAUGGGGCCUCCAGCAGCAGCAGCAGCAGCAGCGACUCCGACUAGAUGGAAAACUUCUUUCAUGUAGAAGAACCAUCAUUUCUAGUCCUUCAACUCUCUUCUGCUUCUGAGUUUAAUCUUAGGUAUUUGCAGCGUACAGAUGCUGUCAAUUAAAAAAAUCCUCCUGCUAGAAAAAUGACUCCUCAGAACUUGUCAGCUUUUAUUAUGUGAAACAUGUAGAUUUCUUCAAAAUAAAAUGAAAACAAAACUGA